CUCACCCUCACGCACUCCUGAACUCCACACACACUGUCUCUCUCCCGUGCAGAGCUGUGGGACCGGACACCACCAAGGUAAAGGAAACAUGAGUUACUCCAGCGAAAUUUACAGCAGCAGCUCCUAUCGGAAGAUUUUCGGAGAUGCCCCCCGGUCCGGCCGUGUGGGUCUCGCCAGCAGCAGCAGCCCGUCCCGCCUGCACUCUGCGGGAUACCGCAGCAGCCAUCGCACCUAUGGUUCCCCCUCCGUGAUGUCCUCCACCACCUACCGCAGGACAGCGGCGCCCGGCCGCGUCUUCUCCUCCAUGCCGGAGUCCGUGAUGGACCUGACCCAGUCCACCGCGGUCACCAACGAGCUCAAGAUCAUCCGCACCAACGAGAAGGAGCAGCUGCAGGGCCUCAACGACCGCUUCGUGUCCUUCAUUGAGAAAGUGCACAACCUGGAGCAGCAGAAUAAAGUCCUGGAGGCAGAGGUCACGCUGCUGAGGCAGCGCAACAGCGAGCCAUCGCGCCUGCACGAGCUGUACGAGCAGGAGAUCCGCGAGCUGCGGGCCCGCGUGGAGGAGCUGACGCACGAGAAGAGCCAGAUGCACCUCGACUGCGUGCAGAUGAACGAUACGCUGGAGCGCGUGAGGGAGAAGCUGGAGGAGGAGACCAGGCUGCGCGAGGAAGCGGAGAACACCCUGAAGGGCUACCGGAAGGACGUGGACGACGCCACCCUGGCGCGCCUGGAGCUGGAGAAGAAAGUUGAGUCGCUGCUGGACGAGAUCGCCUUCCUCAGGAAAGUUCAUGAGGAGGAGCUGCAGGAGCUGCAGGCGUCACUGCAGGCCACACAGGUGUCAGUGGAGAUGGACAUGAGUAAACCAGACCUGGCUGCUGCCCUGAAGGACAUCCGGGCUCAAUACGAGAGCCUGUCAGCCAGGAACCAGGCCCAGGCAGAGGAGUGGUACCGCUCCAAGUUUGCCAGCGUGACCGAGGCAGCUGCCCGCAACCAGGACGCCAUCAAGCACUCGAAGGAGGAGCUGAGUGAGUACCGCAGGCAGGUGCAGGCCCGCACCCUGGAGAUCGAGGCCCUCAGGGGUCACAACGAGGCCCUGGAGAGGCAGAUUGCAGAGAUGGAGGAUCGCCAUAAUAAUGAAAUUGGAGAGAUGCAGGACACCAUUCAGCAGCUGGAGGCUGCUCUGCGCAGCACCAAAGGAGAAAUGUCCCGUCACCUGCGUGAGUACCAGGACCUGCUGAAUGUCAAGAUGGCGCUGGACAUUGAGAUCGCUGCCUACAGGAAGCUGCUGGAAGGUGAGGAGUGCCGCCUCAGCUCUGUUGGUGGAGCCAUGGUCCAGUCGGGCUACCCCGGCUUCUCCUAUAUGUCAGCCCGAGCCUACAGCCUCGGAGCCUACAGGAAGUCUGGUGCCAAGUCUGAGGAGGAGGAAGAGGAGGCAGAAGAGGAGGAGAAGGAGGAGGAGGAGGGAGAGGAGGAGGCCGAGGAGGGAGAAGAGGGAGAAGAGGGAGAGGAAGGAGAGGAGGGAGAGGAGGGAGAUGACCAGGAGGAGGGUGAGGAGGAGGAAGAGGAGGAGGAGGAGGAGAAGCCAAAGGAGAAAGAGGAGAAGGAGAAGAAGAAGGAGAGCCCCACUGGCAAGAACAGCAAGAGCUAA